GUCUGAGUCACAGUCGGGUGUGCAGUGCCGCAGUGUCAGGAACUCAAGGCAGAGCCUAGAGCGGCAGCCAAGGUAGACACACACGCAGACACAAAACUUCGUGCGCACGAACGUUUAAAAGAACUUCUUAACUACGCUCUCAAGUCACUCCUCCGUCGCAUCCAGAAGGGACUUGAGUUUACCGACUGAUGGACUUGUGAUCCCAACCAACCUCCCGAGAAGAUACCAAGUGUCAAACCUACAGUGUUUGUUUGAAACGAACAGUGCAAUCUUACCAGUGAACAGUGCCAACAUUGAAUAGGUGUGUAUGCUAGUAGUCGUAAAGAUGUUGCCCUUCAGAGUAGCACCGUACCUAGCCGUCGUCCUUGCGGGCGUUCUGACGGCAGCCCUCGCUCAAGAAACCGACUUACCGCAGCCCGUCACGGCAGGACCUCCGAUCUUCGAUCUCGGGUUCGAGUCCACGAACCCCCAACUGGGAUGCCCAUCGGAUAAGGUCUCCUUUGAACUUGUGACCGGGUUUGUUUACUCAGCGCCCGCGGACAUGCUCGACUCGCAGCCGGGCACGCUCAUGUUGACGGACUGUAUCGACAUGUGCAGGAAAAACUCCUCUUGUAUGGCGGUCAACUACGAGACCGGACUUUGCGUCCUCUUCUCGUCGAAUGCCGACAUGUAUCCUGGCGCACUGACAUCUUCCCAGUUUCCGGUCUUUACGCUCUACGUGCAGAAAAACUGCCUGAGGAAUGCGCCUUCUUGCAACCGCGCAUGGAGCUUCGAACGAGUCAUGGGAUUCGAACUGAGCGGAUUCACCAAGAAGAGGAGGAGGGUCUCCAACAGGGAGGAAUGCCAGGCACUCUGCUUGACCGAGAGCGAAUUCCCCUGCAGAUCAGCUAACUUCAACAACGCAACAGGCGACUGCCGAAUUUCCGACAUGGACCGACACACGGCAGUAGGCACAGGAGCCUUCCGAGCAGCCGACAACAACGACUUUUUGGAGAACAACUGCGUCGACGACCCCGUCAGGCUGUGCGAAUUCCAGAAAAUGGAAGGCCGCAUUCUCAAGACUGUAGACUCCGUUUUCCAGGACGUGAACAGCUUGGAAGACUGCAAGAGGCACUGUCUCACUGCUCCUUACAGAUGCCACUCCUUCGACUACGGUGACACCGGAGACAAUGUCUGCCGUCUGUCCCACCACGCCGCCGCCACUCUCACCCACGUCGAGGAGCCUUACCUCGACAUCCCCGGCUCAGCCACCUACGAACUGUCCUCCUGCUACAACGUCACCAUCGAGUGUCGGUCCGGAGACAUGGUUGCCAAGAUCAAGACGUCCAAGAUAUUCAACGGCAAGAUCUACGCCAAGGGCUCACCUAACACCUGCGUCAACGACAUCGAGGAGGCCCUCGAGUUCGAGCUGCGCAUGUCCUACAACGACAUCGACUGUGACGUCGAGAGGGAUUCAGCCUCCAGGUACAGCAACGACGUCAUCAUCCAGCAUCACGACAUGAUCGUCACCUCCGCUGACCUGGGCUUGAGCGUCCACUGCCAGUACGACUUGACCAACAAGAGCGUCAGCAACCGAGUCGACCUCACCGUCGAGGGCGACAUCAAGCCCGCCCUUGAAGAAGGAAGCACCGUGGACUCUCCCAACGUCAUCAUGAGGGUGACUAACCGCAAUGGAGACGAUAUUGCUGACGCCUCCGUGGGAGACAUGCUGCAGCUUCGCUUCGAGAUCGUCGACAGGAACUCCCCCUACGAGAUCUUCGUCCGCGACCUGAUUGCCAUGGACGGGGGCAACACCAACAACAUCACUCUCCUGGACGGGCGCGGAUGUCCCACCGAGAUGUCCAUCAUGAGGCCUCUCCUGAGUGACAGCACUGGCAAGGUCUUGGGUGCCACCUUCGAUGCUUUCAAGUUCCCAACGAGCGACAUCGUUCAGUUCAGAGCCUUGGUGACCCCUUGCUUGCCCACCUGCGAGCCAGUCAUCUGUGACGUCAUGGACUUCGGCGGACAAAUGCGACAGACAGAAAGCUAUGGCCGCAAGAAGAGAGAAGCUCUUCCAUACAUCAUCGAACAUGCUUUCCCCAACUACGUUGUGAGCUUUGUUCCAGGGGAACCCCAUCAGGAGGUGACGAUGCUGAAUACCCUUACCGCCGAUAUUGCUUCUCACGAGAUGCAUUACAGAAGGAAGAGAGAAGCUGACGUCGAGAUCCCUGAAGAACUCUUGGUCGUACAAUCCAUCAAGAUCUCUGAUAAGUUCGGCUUCCGCGGAGGACGUGCAAAGAUCCCUACUCGAGAGAACGCCAUCAACAAGUUCGAUUCAGUCAAUGAAAACAAUGCCAAGGGCGACAACGAAAUGGUCAUGCAAGAAGAAGUUUCUGGUACUUGCAUCAACAUGAUGGGUCUAGUCCUAGCCUGCUCGGUCUUCCUAAUUGCUCAGCUGGUCAUCAUUGUGGCAUGGACUGCCGUAUGGCACCGUCGCCGCAGGAGCAAGCUCGAGGAGCCCCUUAGUCCAGCCACGACCACCGAAUCCCUCAGGAAACUCUACGAUUCAGGAUACCCAAGAAGAAUCUAACGCUUUCCCGCCUUGGCCACCAGCGUCCUACCAAGUGAUUUUCGGCCGGGUUUCUUCGGCUCUUUCCGAAGGCGAAUGGUGAACGAAAAGGACUUGGUAGAUGUCCGGGUGAUACAAAACCAAUCUCAGCAAGUUUCCGAAAGGCGUCAUCGCCCAGCGCACGUCCGACAGGAUUCGCUUUAUCCAAUGGAGAUCGUGUGAAGGGAGAAACAACUUAUCACUAAAGCUUGAGUCGUCAUUUCACAGGGUACAAGAAAAGAAUUUGAGUUGUCUUAAAUCGCUUAAAUCUGUGAUGACUAAAAAGGGGAAGCUUUAAAAAUUUCAACAAAAAGAUAGAAGCUUGACUACAUACAAUUCAGAGUACUCAUGCCCAAAAUGUGUAAGUAGUCUUUUGUGAAAAUGAUACUUUUAGUUAUUUAAUGAUUUUCGAUAAAAGGGAAAUUUUCUGAUAACUGUUUGGGGAGCAGUUUCAGAGACCGAAGGAAUAUGCCGAUAGAUUGUAGAUUAAAACCACCAGAAAUUCAUUUCAGGUGGUCAGGCGAAUCUGGAGAGCAAGAUUGAUCAACUUUUUAUUAAUCUGGCUAGCAAGAUUGAUUAACUUAUCAUUGACAUUCGUUCAGAAUGGAAUGAGGGAUUUUUGGUAGUUAUUACGACGACGAGCUACCUCCUCUCUGACACGUGUGGAUCUUCUGAAUAUUCGAUUUGGUUAGGAACUGCUAUUUUCGGGCAUUAGAACAGAAUGAUCUCUAAAAAUAGAUAAGCAUUACAACAAAAGAAGACUAACUGUUUUGAUAAAAAGCAAAGUACCAAGGGCAUUAUUUCUCUGAGUACUUCACAAGAACUCUCUUCUAUGAUGGUAGACAUAGAAGUUUCUUUUGUUUUCGUGUUAUGUUUUUUUUUUAUAACCAAACCACAAUAACUGUAUGACGUGACGUAUUGUGAUACUCGACAUGUCAUGUUAAUAUUAUUGGACCUAAGUUUAACAAUUAACGACGUCUACGUUUUCAUGUAUGUCUAAGCCCGACUGAUUUCUUGUGUGUGUUUUUUUUCUUUAUUUUUUUGACUUGCAGACUGAAAGGCGAUUGGUGAUGGUAAUCUGGGUUUUUUAUUUCUUGGUGAUGGAGAAAAGAGCUGGCCUUUUUUUUAUACAAACGAAUCCUUCUAGGAAAAGAGAAAACAUUUUCAGUUGAAGCGCUGGCAUGGUUCCUCUUUCCUAUCUGGAGAAAAGCAAUCGAGCGUCUUCUUCUGAAAUGAUCCUUUGGAAUACAUGCUAAAUUAACGGCAGCUUCUUAGACUUGAAAAGAAGUACCAUCUCUCUGAAAUACUCCAUGAGUAGAGAGCAGUUUAGCGAAAGCUUUGUCUCCGAAAUAGCUCUGGGAUGGCACGCCUGUUUAACAACAGCUUUUGAUUUUAACAAGAGUAAACGACUAAGUUUAAGAAAAUCUUGUCUAAAAAAGCCGAAUAAGCCACCGCUCUUUUCUCCAUCCAAAAUGGUGCUGGUGAUAUUUGGGGCUGGGGAUGGCAAGUCUACGUCUACAAGAAGUCUUGUGUCUACAGCAAGACGCACAAGACCUUACACAACAGUUGUACUAAAAAGUCUAAAAUAACAAGAGAUUACUGAUUGGGACCUCGUAGGUAGGUAGUUUAGGCAGCAAUGCUAUAUGCACAGCAUGUUAUACGCUUAUCCAGUAAUAGACCUAUAGCAAAACUUUAUGAUAUUUAGUCUUUUAUCAGAAGCAAUCGUAAAGUAUAAAUCUUCCUUGAUCAUUCGGCAUCCAUAUGAUAAAUUUGUCUUUGUUAAUCCUAAACCUUCAUUUUGAAAGAAUGAAUCAUAAAUUUAAGACUAAAUACCUAAAGUUUUUGUAGGUUCCUACUGAUUGCAAUUAGCGAGACAUUUUCUCCCAUUGAAGCUUUAAUUAGAUGAUGGCUAGCUAGGGUCCAUUAGGUAUAACACUUUCACUGUUGUACACCUGCGCUCUCAGUGACUGUCAGAUUUUCAGUCCAUUAAACAGUUUUACACACUUGAACUGACCAGGAUACUGACAAAUAGAUGCAAUGCUUCUUAACACACUGGCCUACAUGCUGAACUUCCGCUUCAAAUGCUUAUUAUGCAGCAAUUUGUAUGACGCAUUUUGCUGCAGUGCUUUAUGCUUAGUAGUUCUUUUCGCAAGUAGUGGAAUGCUUAUUAGGAAUUAAUGCUUGACCUAUUAAUAUGCACAAUAACCACACAAAAUGCUUUGGUAACAGCAGCGUUUUAAAACCAAACUUCAUAAUGCUUACACCUUCACUUCCUGCUUAAUGCUUUACUAACAUCUUGAUAACUUUGAUUUCAUCAUUCAGGUAUGUUACCAAUGAACGCAAUGCUUGGUAUCAUGUAAAAUUAUGCUUACUAACCUACACAAUGCUUGCUAACAAAUAACGCUUUGCUUGUAUCUGCAACAUAAAACUGCUUGCUUGCUUGCUCACUUAAUGUUUUACCCAACCAUCAUUGCUGUGCUAACUAACACCUACGAGCUUCUUUACUAACACGACACUAGCACUUAAAGGGCUAUUAACCACCACCAAAUUGGCGAUGCUUUCACUACUAACACACAGUAGGACCACUAACACACCAUAUACACAGAAGCCAUUCUGUCGGGCCUCGCCUUCUGCAGUGGAUAUCACUGCAAGUUUUUUGUUUUUUAGGCGAAUGCUCAGUCAAUACAUUCCCUUCAUCAAUUGCCUCAUUUUAAUCCCAUUGUUAAUAUCCUAAUGUAAAUAACCGCUUCCCGUAUGUGCAAUUUAGUUAUGCAUGCUUUUCUAGCGCCGUUCUAAGUAACUGAUGCCUUGGUGACUAAAACUAACUAUUGAGACCUACUAAAUUUCCGUUUCUGACAUUUCGGUCCAGUUUUGGUACACCUGGUACUAGCUCUACCGAGAGCCAGGUUCACAAGGCAUCAACUCAUUUGAUGUUGCAAAAUUUCUUGGCAGAAACCAAGGUCUUAGGUACCGAACCCUCAGAGGAAAACUCGAAAAGGUACUUGUGAUAUUGGGGACAAAGCCAACUUAUUUUGAAAAGCUGAGCAUCGUGACCUGCAGGUUCACGAUGACAACAUAAAUGUAAUAAACAAAGCUUUUGUUUUUUGGCUUAUUAUUUGAUGAAUGUAGAUACCCGUAUAUAUACAUUACUCGUAGGUACAAACAUUUUUGUUUCUUUUGUAUAGUGGGCUUUUAGAAGCUUUUCUCUGGAUUGUGUCUGUGGUCCCAUGACGUAACUGAACUAGAUAUUCCGACACUUCCUGUAAGAUACAUACAAUUUAAUCCUGCACUCAUAUUCUUCUUCCCGCAACAUAACAGGCAAAUAACUGUUGCAACAUGCACAUGGAUGAUCGUUAUUGAAUACACAUUCUGGUGCGUGUAUAUGCAGGAUCUCAGCAUAUACACUUUAGGCUUUUGUACACGUAUACGUUAUUUAUUUGAUCUAUUUAUUGUCCUAUUUAUUAAUUAUUUAUUUUCUUGUUCAAAUGAUAUGUGAAUUGUUUUAUCUACAUAUAUACGAAUAUUUAUAGUUUAUGUAUGUAUGUAUAUAUAACUUCAUAUCGCUUGUUGUGAUUUUAUGUCUUGUUGAAUUUGAAUUUUCAAUACAUUGUUGCCAAGUGUUUUUUUUUCUGACACUGGAUUCGUUCAGUGUACUUCGCUGGUUCACGUUACUAGCAAGUUUUGCUGGCUGUUUUGCGUCUACGGCAGAGGGAAACUGAACGCAUCCUCGUUUCUCAGUGACAUGUGAAAUUGGUGCAAAUGGGACUACUGAACGGAAAUGACGUCAUUUGUGUACGUGCAUGAUGAAUGAUGAGCGUGAUUGUAACUUUUUUUUUUCUCUCAGCGACUUGAUAGACAAGGGCGUGCUAGAGGCAUUUUUUAUAUAACUAGUUAGAUAAUUGAAUUCCUAGUUUAAGGCUUGUUUAAGGUAAUUGUACCAAAGUAACUCAUUAAAUGACAAUUACACGAUUUUA